GCCUUGACCGAAGUGUGGCGCGGUACACCACGCGCUGAGAGGCGGAUGCCAGCCACCACGGCGUAAAAGUUGCCUGCACCUGUCGUCAGUUCAAACCAGGGGCAAAGUCCCGGCGCAUCGUAGCUAAAGGCGACAUAUUUAUUACCCGUUUGGUCAAGUAAACAGCGAGGCUAAGCAUCACAUCAUGACUGAAACGGGAGAGGUAGAGGAUGAAAUUCAGUUUCUACGAACGAAUGAUGAGCUGGCGUUGAGGUGCUCCUUGUCGGCUCAGCAGAGGCAGCAGAAGUUCUGCCUGGCAGCGGAAGGCUUUGGCUGCCGGCUCUGCUUCCUGGAGACCACAUCCAAUUCUAAAAAUGUUCCCGUGGACCUGUCCGUCUGUGUGUUUGUGCUGGCCCAGUGUCUGUCAGUCCGUGCCCUGCAGGAAAUGCUGGCCAAACAGAGCAGCCAGCAGACAGGGGCGGUUGAGAUGGGAAGCCACCGCACUCUCCUCUACGGCCAGGCCGUGCUGCUGCGGCAUGCCUACAGUGGAAUGUACCUAUGCUGUUUGUCCACAACUUGCUCUUCCACUGAUAAGCUGGCAUUUGAUGUAGGGUUGCAAGAGGAAAUAAUAGGCGAGGCGUGCUGGUGGACUGUGCACCCUGCCUCCAAGCAGAGGUCUGAGGGAGAGAAGGUCCGAGUUGGGGAUGACCUAAUACUUGUCAGUAUCUCCUCAGAGCGAUACCUGCAUCUGUCCCAGUCUAACUGCACCAGCUCAGGGGAUGAGAGUGGGAGUCUGAGGGUGGAUGCUGCCUUCCAGCAGACCCUGUGGAGUGUAGCCUCCAUAUCCUCAGGAAGUGCAGUGGCUCAAGGGUACCUCAAAGGAGGGGACACAUUCCGACUCCUGCAUGGACACACUGAUGACUGUUUAACGGUUCCACCUGUGCAACAUGGAGAAGAAGAACGCAGGUCAGUGUGCUUUGAAGGAGGUUCUACGUCAUCGGAGGCCCGUUCUCUCUGGAGGCUGGAGACCAUGCGUGUGGCAUGGAGUGGGAGUCACACUCACUGGGGGCAGCCAUUCCGCCUGCGCCAUGUUACCACGGGGAUGUACCUGAGCCUCACGCAAGAUAAGGGUUUAAGACUGAUAGGGAGGGAGAAAGCUGACGCCAAAGCCACCACUUUCUGCUUCCGCUCCUCAAAGGAGAAGCUUGACAUUGUCCAGAGGAAGGAUGCAGAUGGAAUGGGUACAGCCGAGAUAAAGUAUGGAGACUCAAUCUGCUUUGUUCAGCACUUGGACAGUGGCCUUUGGCUUACUUACCAGACUGGUCAGGGAAAGAGAAUGGCCGAGGCCCCACGCCAGGCCAUUUUGCACCUGGAAGGCCACAUGGAUGACGGUGUGACUCUGUCCCGCUCCCAGAGUGCGGAGUCCAGAGCUGCUCAGAUCAUCAGGAGCUCCGUCCUCCUGUUCUCCCGCUUCAUCAGAGGACUGGAUGACCUUGGUCAGAGAUCUAACAUACCGACUCCAGCUCUGCCAAUCGCCACGGUCCGCUUGAGUCUGCAGGAUCUCAUUAGCUACUUCCAGCCUCCUGAUGACAACCAGGGUCAAGAGGAGAGACAGAACAGCAUGAGGGCUCUGAAGAACAGACAGAACCUCUUCCAAGAGGAGGGGAUAAUUGGCUAUGCGUUAGACUGCAUUGAUCGUCUGCAUGCAUACGGCAGUGCUGCACAUUUUGCUGAGGUUGCAGGAAGAGAGACAGGAGAGGAAUGGGAGUCUCUCUUGAACUCACUUUAUGAGCUCCUCGCAUCUCUGAUCAGAGGUAAUAGGAAUAAUUGCGCACAGUUUUCUGGAUCACUGGAGUGGCUGAUUGGGAGGCUGGAGAAGCUGGAUGCAUCCUCUGGGAUUCUAGAGGUGUUACAUUGUGUCCUUGAAGAAAGCCCUGAAGCUCUUAACUUUAUCAAAGAGGGACACAUCAAAUCGAUUAUAUCUCUUUUGGACAAGCAUGGUCGCAAUCACAAGAUUCUAGAUGUGCUGUGUUCACUGUGUGUGUGCCAUGGGAUGGCAGUGCGCUCCAACCAACACUACAUCUGUGAGAAUCUGCUACCAGAGAGAGACCUGCUUCUGCAGACACGCCUCUGCAAUCAAGUCAGGAGUGUGAGGCCCAAUCUCUUCCUGUGUAUGAGUGAAGACUCGGCUCAGUGCAGGAAGUGGUAUUUUGAGCUGGUUGUGGAGAAGGCAGAGCCAUUUGUCACCGCUGAGCCCACUCACCUGCGGGUGGGUUGGGCCUGCACAGAGGGCUACCACCCCUCCCCAACCGGUGGACAUGGCUGGGGUUCAAAUGGAGUCGGGGAUGACCUCUACUCCUAUGGCUUUGAUGGGCUUCACCUAUGGUCAGGUGGUAUUGGCCGGAGAGUGAGCUCACCCGGUCAGCACCUGCUGAGGGAGGAUGACGUGGUCAGCUGUUGCCUUGACCUUGGGGCUCUCUGCAUGUCAUUCAGGGUCAAUGGUCUCCCUGUGCAGGGCAUGUUUGAGAACUUCAGCACAGACGGACUGCUCUUUCCUGUGGCCAGUUUCUCGGCUGGAGUGAGGAUCUGUUUCUUGCUGGGCGGUCGUUUGGGGGAGUUUAAAUUCCUGCCCCCUCCUGGUUUCUCGCCCCUGUCCGAGGCUCUUCUGCCCAGGGUCAGGUGCAGGGUUGAGCCCUGUCUGGAAUUCAUGAGGCAGCUUGACGGUCGCCAGCAUGACCUGCUGGGACCAGCGGUGGCACUGAAGCCUCCUACCUUUACUCCUAUGCCUGUGGACUCCAGUCAGGUGGCCUUCCCCCCUCAGCUGGAGCAGAUUCGGGAGAAGCUUGCUGAGAACCUACAUGAGCUCUGGCUCAUCAGUAUGGUAGACCAAGGCUGGAUCUACGGGCCAGUUAAAGAAGAAAAUAAGAAACAUCAUCCCGAUCUGGUUGAAUUUUCCAAACUGCCAGACCAAGAGAAGAAUCUGAACCUUCAGGCUGCCCAGGAGACACUCAGGACACUCUUGGCUCUCGGAGUCCAUAUUGGACUGUCAGAUGACCGUGCUGAUGAGAAGGUCAAAUAUGUCCGACUAUCUAACAAGUAUGAGCUGUGGAAUGGGUAUCGACCCUCUCCUGUCGAUCUGUCUCAUGUCACCCUGACCGCUGCCCAGGAGGCCAUAGUGGACCGUCUGGCCGAGAAUGACCACAACCUGUGGGCCAAAGACAGGAUCAGACAGGGAUGGAGCUAUGGGCCGCAGCAGGAUGUGAAGGGCAAGAGGAGUCCUCACUUGGUGCCCUUCUCUCUGCUGGACGAGCGGACCCAGAGGUCUGGCAGUGAGGCUGUGAGGGACGCUCUGAGCACCGUACUGGCCUAUGGGUACACAGUGGAGCCCUUGGACCAGGAGCAGAUGGCACUUCCAGAUGCUGGCCUUUCCCUGGCUGAGAAGUUCAGAAUAUUCCGAGUUGAGCGUUCCUAUUCUGUGCAGAGGGGGAAGUGGUACUUUGAGUUUGAAGCAGUGACCUCCGGGGAGAUGAAGGUGGGCUGGGCUCAGUCCGGCUGUAAACCAGACCUGGAGCUAGGGUCAGAUGACCAGGCCUUUGUUUUUGAUGGCUGCAAGGGGCGUCUCUGGCAUCAGGGCAGUGAGCAGCUGGGUCAUGCUUGGCAGAUGGGCGAUGUCGUGGGCUGCAUGCUGGAUCUUGACCAGUGCACUAUGAUGUUCACACUAAACGGGGAGCUUUUGCUGAACGACCAUGGUUCUGAGCUCGCUGCCAAAGACUUUGCGGUCCAAGAUGGUUUCAUGCCUGUAUGCAGUGUAGGGGUGAACCAGGUGGGUCGUCUACAUUUUGGUCAACAGGAUGACCCCCUGCGUUACUUUGGUGCGUGUGGACUCCAGGAGGGCUACCAGCCAUUCGCUCACAACAUGAGCCGAGACGUUCCUCUAUGGAUGAGCUGGAAACAGCCCCAUUUCACCCCUGUUCCCCCAGACCACAGCCGUAUUCAGGUAACUCGUCUUGAUGGGACAGUAGACCGAUCACCUUGUUUGAAGGUGACGCAAAAAUCAUCAGGAUCACAGGGCACCAGUGGCACAGUCAGUUCGGACAUUGGCUACUACCGCCUCAGCUUACCGAUCGAGUGUGCCGAGGUUUUCUCCCCGCCACUAGAGGGCGCCGUCCCCUGCAGCAGCACUGCUUAUCACCCCAAGAGAGACUCUGAGGAGGGGGAGACCGACUCCGAUUUUGAGGUCCUUAUGAAGUCAGCUCGCCGGCACGCUGGGUCCAGAGAUGAACUCAACAACCACAAAGACCACGGCCAAGAAAAGCCCUCCAGACUGAAGCAGCGUUUUAUGUUGAAGCGACCUAAACCAGAGCUGAAUGCAAGCCACUCCUCUGCCCGUCUGUUGGAAGAAGUGGUGGCCACAGAGAAGGACGAGGAUAAGAGCCUCUCCAAUUGCUCCACGUACUACUACUCUGUGAGGCUGCUACCUGGUCAGGAUCCCUCCUGUGUCUGGGUCGGCUGGGUCACCUCCAGCUUCCAGCAGCAGCAGCAGCAGCAGGCCUUUGACCUGGACAGGGUUCGCACGGUCACUGUGACACUUGGGGAUCAACAGGGCAAAGUUCAAGAAAGUGUAAAGCGCUGCAGCUGUUUCAUGGUGUGUGCAGCGGAGGCAAUUAACCCUACUCACGGUCGCAGCGGUGGUGGACUAGAGAUUGGUUGUCUUGUAGACACAGCAACAGGACUUCUGACCUUCACUGCCAAUGGAAAAGAGCUGGACACCUACCACCAGGUGGAGCCCUGCAUCAGGCUGUAUCCUGCCGUGUUCGCCAAAGCCACAAGCUCCGACAUGUUUCAGUUUGAGCUUGGCAGGAUUAAGUUCGUGAUGCCCGUGUCUGCGGGUAUGUUUCGGGGCGAGAGGAGGAACUCGGUGGCCCAGUGCCCCCCGCGGUUACACGUGCAGCGCCUGGAGCCCUACCAUUGGCUGCGCGUGCCUGACCACUCCCCCAGGGUGGAGGUGACGCGCAUGGACGAGAGGCACGGUUGGAGGGUGCAGUGUCACAGCCUGCUGCAGGUCAUGACCCUUCACAUCCCUGAGGAGAACAGGUGUGUGGAUAUUCUCGAGUUGUCAGAGCUCGAUGACCUCCUGACCUUCCACCAGCACACCCUUCACCUCUACUCUGCCCUCUGUAGCCAUGCCAACACUCAUGUGGCCCAUGCCAUCUGCAGCCACGUGGACCAGUCCCAGUUCUUUUACGCACUCCAGUGCCGCCACAUGCCCGGCCCGCUACGGGACGCCUACUACGCCCUCUUCAGCGAGGUCCAUCUCAAUGCCCACGCCGGCGCCAGACGGGCAAUGACCCACGAGUAUAUCGUGCCCAUGACGGACGACACGAGAUCUGUCACGCUCUACAACAGCCACAAGAGACGCCACUCGUUGCCUGGUAGUGUCCGCAGCGGGUCCUUGUGGCCCCGGCUGAACUUCAGCGCACCCUGCUUCGUCCGGCUUGACCAGGCGGCUAACGGCGAGCCUCCGGACGACAGAGUAGGGGACGUCCAGCAGGACAGCCCCGCGUUCCCGCUGGAGCUGCUCAAGGCGUUGCUGGUGGAGAUGCUGCAGAAGGCCGUGUGCGCGGUGGGCCAGUGCGUGCGGGAUCCUGUAGGGGGCAGCGUGGAGCUGCUGCUGGUGCCCCUCCUGCGGCUGCUGCACACGCUGCUCCUCAUGGGGGUGUACCGGGGCCCAGACCUGAGGGCAGCCCUGCGACUCAUCUUGCCUGGCGUCUACAUACAAAACUGGGCCAUCGCCGAGGACGAGGAUGGGGACGAGUUUGAGGUGGAUGCUGAUGGAGAGAGAGAUGAAAGUCUGGGAGGCUUCCCCAAGCAAAGUCUACUGCAGAUGAAACUGCCUGAGGCUGUGAAACUGCAAGUAUGUCACUUGCUGGAGUACCUGUGUGACUGUCAGGUGCGUCACAGAGUGGAGGCAGUGGUGGCCUUCGCCGAUGACUUUGUGGCGCGUCUCCAGGAGAACCAGCGCUUCCGCUACAAUGAGGUCAUGCAGGCGCUCAACAUGUCCGCUGCCCUCACGGCACGCAAGACUAAAGAGUUCCGCUCGCCUCCUCAGGAGCAGAUUAACCUGCUGCUUAAUUUCCGUGAGGAGCAGCAAGAAUGCCCGUGCCCAGCAGAGAUCCAGGAACUGCUCCAGGAGUUCCACAGUGAUCUCAUGACUCACUGUGGCAUUGAGAUUGACGAUGACUCAGAGACAGGGGAUGAUGGGGAUCUAUCCGUCAGGGGUCGGCUCUUCGGCCUGGUGGAGAAAGUGGCCAGCCUGAAGCGACGGCUCUCCCUGUGUCCCCUGGAAUCUGUCAUCGCCAAGCCGGUGUCCCUGCGGCAGAUGAUAUCGGACGCCAUGCUGCGCUGGGCUCAGGAGGCGCCCAUGGCGGAGCCGGCACUGGUGCGGGCCGUGUUCAGGCUGCUGCGGCGCCAGUACGAGGGUCUGAGUGCCCAGAUGGCCGCGCCCCUGCACAAGGCCUACUGCAUCAGCCCGGGCUCCGUGGAGGACACGCUGGCGCUACAGAGCGCCCUGGGCCGCCUCCGCUCCCUGCUCCGCAUCCGCAUGGGCCGCCAGGAGGAGGCGCUCAUGAUCCAGGGCCUCGGAGACAUCAUGAACAAUAAAGUAUUUUAUCAGCACCCAAACCUGAUGAGAGCCCUGGGCAUGCAUGAGACAGUGAUGGAGGUGAUGGUGAACGUCUUAGGAGAGGGAGAAUCAAAGGAAAUUCUGUUCCCUAAGAUGGUUGCCCACUGCUGCAGAUUCCUCUGUUACUUCUGUCGGAUUAGCCGACACAACCAGAAGGCAAUGUUUGAUCAUCUCAGCUAUCUGUUGGACAACAGCAAUGUUGGACUCGCCUCCCCUUCCAUGCGGGGAUCUACUCCUCUGGACGUGGCUGCUGCCUCUGUGAUGGAUAACAACGAGCUGGCCCUGGCCCUCACCGAGGCAGCGCUGGAGAAAGUGGUUCAGUACCUGGCAGGUUGUGGCUUGCGGAGCUGUCCCCUGCUGUUGUCUAAGGGCUAUCCUGAUAUUGGCUGGAAUCCAGUGGAGGGGGAACGCUAUGUGGACUUCCUCCGAUUCGCUGUCUUCUGUAAUGGGGAGAGUGUUGAGGAGAAUGCUUAUGUAGUGCUGAGGUUACUGAUCCGUCGGCCAGAGUGUUUUGGGCCCGCCCUACGAGGGGAUGGAGGAGAUGGUCUCCUAGCAACCAUGGAGGAAGCUAUCAGGAUCUCUGCUGAUCCAAAGAGAGAUGGACGAACAGCAGCUUAUGAGUCCAACAGAACUCUUGACACGAUCAAUGAUGAAGAUGAUGACCUCAUCCACUUGGGGCAUGCAAUCAUGACAUUCUAUUCUGCUCUUAUUGACCUGCUAGGCCGCUGUGCCCCUGAGAUGCAUCUGAUUGAGGCUGGGAAAGGUGAGGCUAUCCGAAUCCGAGCCAUCCUGAGGUCACUCAUCCCUCUGGAGGAUCUGGUGGGGGUCAUCAGCAUCCCCCUGCACCUGCCCACACUGGACACAGAUGGCACAGUGAUAGAGCCAGACAUGUGCACUGUGUUCUGCCCUGACCAUAAGACUGCUAUGGUUCUGUUUCUGGACCGGGUCUAUGGGAUCCCGGACCAGACCUUCCUGAUGCGACUGCUGGAUGUUGGCUUCCUGCCAGACCUCCAAGCGGCUCUCAGCAUGGACUCAUCUGAUCUGUCCAGCACCGAUAUGGCUCUCGCUCUCAACCGCUAUCUGUGCACGGCAGUGCUGCCUCUCCUCACCAAGUGUGCGUCUCUGUUGGGCAACUCGGAGGCUCACCACCAGCUGGUGGACUCCCUGCUCCAGGCCGUCUACCGGCUCUCCAAGGGCAGCGUGCUGACCAAGGCCCAGCGAGACGCCAUUGAGGACUGCCUCCUGUCUAUCUGCGGCAAGCUGAGGCCCUCCAUGGUUCAGCCUCUGUUGCACUGUCUAGUGUUUGAUGUUCCUCUUCUGACUGACUACACAAAGAUGCCCCUCAAGCUGUUGGCCAAUCACUAUGAGCUCAGCUGGAAGUACUACUGUUUGGCCGGAGGCUAUGGAGGUGUGGGGAGUGCCACAGUGGAGGAGCUUCACCUGUCCAGGCAGCUGUUCUGGAGCACCUUCAGUGCCCUGGCCAGGAAGUCGUAUGAUGCUGACCUGUUCCGGCUGUGUUUGUCCUGCCUCGGGGCAGUUGCUCGGGCGAUCCCACCUGACCACCUGGACCCCAGCUGCCGGGGGGGCCUGGAGACCCACCCUUCACUGGACACAGAGGGACACUUCUGUCCGCAGCCGGUGGACACCUCAAAUGUUUCCAUCCCUGAGGGACUGGAGUUUGUGGUGAAUAAAUAUGCUGAGCACACACAUGAGAAAUGGUCUCUUGACAAGUUUGCCAGUGGUUGGGUCCAUGGAGACCAGCUUUGUGAGAGUUCCAAAGUUCAUCCCCUUCUAAAGCCUUAUCGAGCCCUGUCAGAGAAGGACAAAGAGAGCUAUCGCUGGGCUAUAAAAGAGAAGGUGAAAACAAUGCUGGUGUUUGGUUGGACCAUCGAGAGAACUAAGGAUGGAGAGGCUUUGGAAGUGUAUAAUACAGCACAAAGAAUAUCACAGGCUGGACAGCUCUCCUUUGAAGGCGCUUCCACUUUCAGUCCCAAACCCAUUGACAUGAGCAAUGUGACACUAUCAUGGGACCAGUAUUCCAUGGCAGAGCAGCUGGCUGAGAGCUCCCAUAACAUGUGGGCCAAGAGGAAACAGCUGGAGCUGGAAUCCAAAGGAGGGGGGAGUCAUCCCCUGCUGGUGCCGUAUGAUGCCUUGCCUGCUCGCGAGAAGACCAGAGUUCGAGAAAGAGCAAAGGACGUCCUCAAGUUCUUCCAAAUGAACAGAUACAACGUGUGGAGGGACAGGAAGCCCGUGGAGUGUGACUCUCCAGCCAUCGCCAGUCGCUUUGCUUACGGGGUCCUUCAGCAGGCCCUGAACUACACUGACCAGGCUCAGGGGCAGCUGCUUGAGCUGGAGGCUGCUCAGGCCCGAGGACAAGGAUCAAAAUCAGAACAGGCUCCUUAUGAAAAGCAAAUCAAUUUCUUUGUCAAGGUUGUGAUGCCCUUGGUUGAUCAGUAUCUGAAGUGCCAUCGCUGCUACUUCCUGUCCACCUCGACGGAUCUCCUUGGUAACCGAGGGCAUGCGUCCAACAAGGAGAAAGAGAUGGUUACCAGUCUUUUCUGCAAGCUUGGGGCUCUUGUAAGGCGUAGGAUAGCUCUCCUUGGAAACGAUUCUCCUUCUGUGACAAGCUGUCUGACCACUUUGGCUUCGUCUUUGGAUGCAAGGACAGUGAUGAAGAAUGCUGCAGAGUCCGUGCGUCUCUCUCUCUGCUCCUUCUUUGAGGAGGCCGCUGUUGACCUGGAACUCGCCGUGGAGACCCUGGCUCAGGGCUCACUCCCCCCCACCAGAUCCCAGGUGAGGGGAGCGGGGGACUCCGUGGCCUACACCUCCGAGGUCCUCGUCCCCGUCCUCACCGCUCUCUUCCAGCACGCCGCCCAGUGUCAGUAUGGCCAGGACCUCAUAGUGGAUAAAGUUCAAGUCUGCUGCUACAGAGUCCUAAUCAGCCUGUAUUCACUUGGCACCUCCAAAAAUACCUACGCAGAGAGGCAGAGGCCGGAGGUGGGUACGUGUCUGGCUGCCCUGACGGCUGCCUUUCCUGCUGCCUUCCUGGAGCCCUCUUUGGGUGAGGAUGCAUCCUCUCAUGCUGCAGAAGCCAGCCAUCUCCUUCCCUCUCUGCACACGGCUCUGGGGGAGGUGGAGGAGCUGGUGUCCGGCGGCUCGACCGCUCGUCACACCCUGCUGUCCCGGGUCACCGAGGUGACGCUCCCCCUGCUCUGCAGCUACUUCUCCCGUUGGGACGGCGUGGAGGCGCCCGAGGGGGGCACCUCGUCUCUCAGCCCCGAGCAAAGCAGCACUCUGCUGGGCCACGUCCUCUCUAUCAUCCACACGCACCUGGGGGUGGCCGACGGCGCCUGGAUGAAGCGCCUGGCAGUUGUGUCUCAGCCAAUCAUUAGGCAGGCAGAACCACAGCUUCUGAAGAGUCACCUUCUGCCUCUGAUGGAGAAGUUGAAGAAAAAGGCGGAGUUAGUUAUCAUGGAGGAGGAGCAUUUGAAGGAGGGGAGGGGCGAUACAUCAGAGGCGGAGUUACAAAUCCAGGAAAAGUUUACUGUGUUAGUCCGUGACUUGUAUGCUUUUUACCCUCUACUCAUUCCCUAUGUGGACUUACACAGAGUGAGUUGGUUGAGAGAGUUAACACCUGAGGCUGAGACACUUUUCAGUAUGGUGGCUGACAUCUUCAUCUUUUGGACUAAGUCUCACAAUUUCAAAUGGGAGGAGCAGAAUUUUGUAGUCCAGAAUGAAAUUAACAACAUGGAGUUCCUGGUCAAUAUUAGCAAGAACACUAGGCCUACAUCAAAGAAAGGGGGCGUGGCAGACAAAAACAGGAGUAAGGUGAAGAGGAAGGGUGACCGCUACUCCACGCACACCUCGCUCAUCGUGGCCGCCCUGAAGAAACUGCUCCCCAUCGGCCUAAGCGUCUGCUCUGCUGCUGACCAUGAGGUCAUAGCCAAGGCCAAGGCCCACCUGUCCCAGAAGGACACAGAGGAGGAGGUCAGAGAGAUCAUCCGCAAAGGCCUUCAGAAGCACAAUAAGGAUUUAUUCAGAGGAGCUUGGAAUCUUGAGGAGCUCAGUGUAGGGCGAGUUUUUGGCAUAGCUCGUGUCUUAUUUCACCUGGACCAGGUUGAAAGGCCACACAGGAAAAAGAAGGCUGUGUGGCACAAACUGCUCUCCAAGCAGAGGAAGAGAGCUGUGGUGGCUUGCUUCAGAAUGGCACCUCUAUACAACUUACCCAGGCACAGAGCAGUCAAUCUCUUCCUCCUGGGUUAUGGUAAAGCAUGGAUUGAGGCAGAGGGCCAUUCUUUUGAAGAUAAGCUAAUAGAGGAUUUGACUAAAGUGGGUGAGCAAGAACGGGAGGAUCCUGAGGAAGUGGGCGAUGAGGGAGAAGGGGGUGCGUCUCACUCGGAUCCUCUCCAUCAACUCAUCACACUCUUCAGCCAAAGUGCUGUGACAGAGAGGAGACUCCAAGAAGACACGUUGUAUAUGUCCUUUGCAGAGAUCAUGGCUGAGAGUUGCCAUGGGGAAGAGGAGGAUGAAGAUGAAGUCAAGUCAUUUGAGGAGAAGGAGAUGGAGAAGCAGAAGCUGCUGUACGAGCAGGCCAGACUACACGAGCGUGGAGCUUCCGAGAUGGUGCUUCAGACUAUCAGUGCUAGCAGAGGUGAGAAGGGCUCUAUGGUGGAGGCUACUCUAAAGCUGGGAAUAGCUAUUCUUAAUGGAGGAAAUACAGGUGUGCAACAGAAAAUGCUGGAAUACCUGCGCCACAAGCGAGACGUGGGCUUCUUUCAGAGCCUGGCAGGCCUCAUGCAGUCGUGCAGUGUACUGGAUCUCAACGCCUUUGAGCGGCAGAACAAAGCCGAGGGACUGGGUCUGGUUAUGGAGGCGAGCUCAGGGGACAAGGUAAUGGCAGAUGAGGAACUGACCUGUGACCUUUUCCGCUUCCUACAACUCUUGUGUGAGGGACACAACUCAGAUUUUCAGAAUUACCUCCGGACUCAAACUGGCAACAACACAACCGUGAACAUCAUUAUAUCCACUGUUGACUACCUCCUCAGGGUACAGGAGUCCAUCAGUGAUUUCUACUGGUAUUAUUCUGGCAAAGAUAAGAUGGAUGAACAUGGACAGCGGCAUUUCUCUAAGGCCGUUAGUGUUGCCAAGCAAGUCUUCAACACCCUCACAGAAUAUAUUCAGGGUCCUUGCACAGGGAAUCAGCAGAGUUUGGCUCACAGCCGAUUAUGGGAUGCGGUUGUUGGGUUCCUGCAUGUGUUUGCUCAUAUGCAAAUGAAGCUCUCUCAGGAUUCUAGUCAGAUUGAUUUGCUGAAAGACUUGAUGGAUUUACAGAAAGACAUGGUUGUGAUGCUUCUGUCCAUGCUGGAAGGAAAUGUUGUAAAUGGCACGAUCGGGAAACAGAUGGUGGACAUGUUGGUGGAAUCCUCUAGCAACGUGGAGCUGAUCCUUCGCUUCUUUGACAUGUUCCUUAAACUCAAAGUUUUCACCUCGUCUGAUGCUUUUAAAGAGUAUGACCCUGACCGAAGGGGGCUCAUCUCCAAGAAGGACAUCCAGAGGGCCAUGGAGGGCUGCCAGCACUACUCCCCCUCUGAGACCGAGUUCCUGCUCUCCUGCAUGGAGACGGACGAGAGCGAGCUGCUGGACUACCAGGCAUUUGUGAAGCGCUUCCACGAGCCGGCCAAAGACAUCGGCUUUAACAUGGCCGUGCUCCUCACCAACCUGUCCGAGCACAUGCCUGGCGAUGCCCGCCUGCACACCUUCCUGGAGCUGGCAGAGAGCGUUCUCAGGUACUUCCAGCCCCACCUUGGGCGUAUAGAGAUCCUGGGGAGUGCUAAGCGCAUUGAGCGUGUUUACUUUGAGAUUAGCGAGUCGAGUCGGACUCAGUGGGAGAAACCCCAGGUGAAGGAGUCCAAGCGCCAGUUCAUCUUUGACGUCGUCAAUGAGGGUGGAGAGAAGGAGAAGAUGGAGCUCUUUGUGAACUUCUGUGAGGACACCAUCUUUGAAAUGCAGCUGGCCGCACAGAUCUCCGGCACGGACGCUGGCGAGGACACAGCUGAGAAGGACGAGGAGGAAGAGGAGGAGGCAGAGAGAGGAAGGCCCAGAGAAACCAGUUUCUUUUCUCUGGCUUCAGCAAUGUACGUUCUCCUGGCUCCUGUGCACUUCCUGAUGAUGCUGGCAUCACUGCUCUCUGUGAGGAGCCUCCGAAAGCAUCUGAGGAAGGUCACCUUGAAGGGUCUCAUCAGUACCAUUUUCUCAUUUUUAUGGAACAUUCUCAUGGGAUUGGCUCAUAUGGUGUUUUGUGUGAUCUCCUUCAUAUUGCACAUACUCUACCUGACCUUCAUCAACGGUGGCAUUAUUGAGAUGGUUGAGAACAUGACACUCGCUGACCUGGUGAUUGACGUCCAUGACCCCAACCUCGAUGAGGUCACAGGGUUGCGUGUGGGUUUGGGGGAUGGAGUCCGGCAGUGCCUGGAGCCCCUCUCCUCCCAGGAGGACCUGAGUGUGCUGGAGCUGGAUCUGUCCAAAGACCCGCAGGUCCUUACAGACAUCUUCGGACUGAGUCUGAGAAAGGAGGGGACCAAGAUCAGACUUAUGUCUAAUGAUUUCAGUGCCAGCCUAGACCAUUUUCUCUCGGCCUCGGGCGAGCCUACUGACGCUGCUGAAAUCAGGGGGAAACAAAAGGUGUUUGCAUUCAAGACACACGUCUGCGAAGAAAAGGAAGAGAGCAUUACUGAAAAAGCAGAUGGAGAGGAGGAUGAGAAGGACAAGAGGCAGGAGCGCAGGCAGCGCCAGAGGGCCAGGCAACAGCGCCGCUCAAAGCAGGAGGAAGAAGAUGUCCAGGAGUCAGCUCUCUGGAAAUCCUUGAACUCCUAUCAGAGAAGAAUGCUUAAUUGCUUUGCCAGGAAUUUUUACAACAUGCGAUUGCUUGCCCUGUUUGUCGCAUUUGCCAUCAAUUUCAUCCUUCUGUUCUAUAAGGUGUCGUCGUCUGUGACUGCAGAUGAAGAGGACCUGGAGGGCUCUGCCUGGUCUGACAGGCCAGAUGAUGUGAGCCUGGAGGGGCCGGUGCCAGCGGCGGACCCAGACUCAGACUCAGACACGGCCUCCUUUGUCCUGGAGGAGAGCAGCGGCUACAUGGAGCCCUGCCUGCGCUUCCUGGCCAUCAUUCACACCCUCAUAUCCUUCUGCUCUAUCAUCGGCUACUACUGUCUGAAGGUUCCCUUGGUGAUUUUUAAGCGGGAGAAGGAAGUAGCCCGCAAGCUUGAAUUUGAUGGCCUGUACGUGACAGAGCAGCCCUCCGAAGAUGACAUCAGAGGACAGUGGGACAGACUGGUCAUCAAUACGCCGUCAUUUCCGAGUAAUUAUUGGGAUAAGUUUGUGAAGAGGAAGGUGAUGGAUAAAUAUGGGGAUUUUUACGGCUUGGCGCGGAUCAGCGACCUGCUGGGUCUGGAUCGAGCCGCUCUGGACUUCAGUGCCCAGGGCAUGGAGAGGAGGAGGCCCAGGAGAGAGAGAGAGCUCGCAGCCCUGUUGAGCUCCAUCGACAUGAAGUACCAGAUAUGGAAACUGGGUGUGGUGUUCACUGAUAAUUCUUUCCUUUACCUGGCUUGGUACAUGUGCAUGUCUGUCCUUGGCCACUAUAACAACUUCUUCUUUGCUGCUCAUCUGCUGGACAUUGCUAUGGGCUUUAAAACUCUGAGGACCAUCCUCACUUCUGUCACACACAAUGGCAAACAGCUGGUGUUAACAGUGGGGCUGCUGGCUGUCGUGGUCUAUCUCUACACUGUGGUCGCCUUCAACUUCUUCCGGAAGUUCUACAAUAAAAGUGAAGACGGUGAAGGCCAGGAUAUGAAAUGUGACGAUAUGCUGACAUGUUAUAUGUACCACAUGUACGUGGGGGUGAGAGCUGGAGGGGGCAUCGGGGAUGAGAUCGAGGAUCCUGCGGGGGACGAAUUCGAGUUCUACCGCAUCAUUUUCGACAUCACCUUCUUCUUUUUUGUUAUAGUUAUUCUGCUGGCGAUCAUACAAGGUCUCAUCAUUGAUGCCUUCGGAGAGCUGCGAGAUCAGCAGGAGCAGGUCAAAGAGGACAUGGAGAGGUCAGUCAGACCGAGGGCUGAGGGACUCCUGGACCCAUAUGCUCAGGGUCGGGCGGCAUGCUUCAGUUUGCUCGCUGGAUGUCUGAAUGCACAAUCUGUCUCUGCUUACAGGUUCUUCGUGAUGUACCUCAUCAACAAGGACGAAACAGAGCACACUGGCCAGGAAUCUUAUGUAUGGAAGAUGUACCAGGAGCGUUGCUGGGAAUUCUUCCCAGUGGGAGAUUGUUUCCGUAAACAAUAUGAGGAUCAGCUUAGCUAAGAGUCCAGUUUGCUCCCUAAGGCAAUGCACUGUGGGUUAGUGGCUGCACUUCAUUUCUUUGGAGCAGUUGCACUGAAUUACCCAACAAAAAGAACUGUUACAAAUUUAGAAUCAGACCAUAUGCACAUAAUGUGUAAUCUCACUUACAUGGUAAUUAGUGCUGAUUAAUUAUUUAAUUGCUGUUCAUUAUGCAGGUCUAUGUCUAUGCAGAGUGUGAUUUGAGACUCAGUAUUCUAUUAAAGUAACACUACCAGUGUGA